AAACAAACUCUCUAGUGGUUUUUUCAUUCAUUCAUUCACUAUUCUCACCUCAUGAGUCAUGUAGAUCUUCAAUCUCCUCUCAUGUCUCAAGCAUCUAGCUAGUAAAAAUCUAGAGUGUGGAAAAAAAUUGGUGAGAAAUUUUAUUUUAUAUUUUUGAAAAAAAGAAAAAGUGGAGAUUGAUAUGGAGUUUGAUGAGCAAGAAGAGCAAGAUGAAGAAAUGGGGAUCCCGGAGUCACCGCCGCCGGUGCCGGCGAGUUACGACCCGCUUUUGAACUCAGCACCGAGAUCCAAAAUCGCAGAGGUUUCAGCGCCUGUAAUCGGGAGGAAAGGCGGCUCGUUUACCCCGCCGGUGGCAGCGGGGGUUGUGAGGUACAGGGAAUGCCAGAAGAACCACGCCGUCAGCUUCGGCGGCCACGCCGUCGACGGGUGCUGCGAGUUCAUGGCUGCCGGAGAUGAAGGCAAGCUGGAGGCUGUGAUCUGCGCCGCCUGUAACUGUCACCGGAACUUCCACCGCAAGGAGAUCGACGGCGAAACAGUGGCCUCGUGCCAGAGGCAGCAGCCUCCGCCUCCUCCGGUGCACCACCACCAGUACCACAGCCAAUUCUCCCCUUACUACCACCGUGGACCUCAGCACCAUGCCGCCUCCGGCGGCUACCUCCACCACCACCUGACAACAUCUCCGACGGCGCCCCACCGGCCGUUAGCACUUCCACCGGCGACUUCAGGAGGUGGAUUCAGCAGGGAGGAGGAAGACAUGUCUAACCCUAGCAGCAGUGGUGGAGGCGGCGGUGGCGGCGGAGGUGGAAUGAAAAAGAGGUACAGGACCAAGUUCACGCCGGAGCAGAAGGAGAAGAUGCUGGCUUUUGCAGAAGAGCUUGGUUGGAGAAUCCAGAAGCAUCAAGAAGCUGCUGUUGAACAAUUCUGUGCUGAAACUUGUGUGAGGAGAAACGUUCUCAAGGUUUGGAUGCACAAUAACAAGAACACUCUUGGUAAGAAACCCUAAUUAACUUUUUCCGAUCAUUCUCUCCGAUUCUCUUUCAUGGUGGUGAAAGAGAGAAGGAGAGAAAGAGAAAGAGCAUUAUGUGUGAAAGAAAAAAGAAACUUUGAUGUUGAUGAAAGUGCAACUUAAUGGAGAUCGAUGUAGUUAGGGUUCUUACUUGUUCUUCAUCAUCAUUUGGUUAAUUAAAUAAUUUAGUUAAUUUCA